CAGAUCACAUUUUUAACCAUGGUGGUUUCUGGGGAAGAAUCAUCUAUGCAGACAUCCAACUUCAAAACAAAUACCGUAUUCGUAUUAUCAAUUCCAGCCGAGCUUUCUAUGCAAGUGAUUUACACAGGCGAUCUUAACGCUGAACCUAGAAGGCACAUCAAUCCUAAACAUUCUAAUCAAUUUUUUCGAAAUUUGGCAAAUUGCAACCUAUUCAAUCUUGGAGAUAUUUGCUACGAUGAUGCUAACACAAGACACCCCACCUUCCAUAGAAAUGGCUGCAACCCAAGUAGAAUUGACCAUAUAUACUGCUCCACUGAAUUAGCUACGCAAACAAUCGGUUUAACUUCUACUCCAACAGACCUUUCUGACCACUAUUUACUU